ACAAAAGUGAAAUACGGGUCAUGUAAAACAGUAGCUUCGCAGAAGUGGCGGUCACGUGGUCAUAAGGAGUACUACUGUAGUUUUAUUUUAGGGAAGUGUUUCCUUUGCACGCCAGACUUUCAUCGGAUUAAGUUAACUCCUGCGGAGCACUUUAUAGAAUGAUGUGGAGGUUCCUGUUUAUUGCCGCACUGUCUGGAGGGGCAGCGGCCCUGGUCAGUCAAGACCUGGAUCAGCACUGGGAGAUGUGGAAGAGCACGCAUAACAAGUCCUACCAGCGCAAGAAUGAAGAGCUGAUACGGAGGCAAACUUGGGAGAAGAACCUCCAGCUGAUCACCCUACACAACCUGGAGUUCUCCAUGGGGAUGCACACCUAUGACCUAGCUAUGAACCACCUGGGGGACUUGACCACUAAGGAAAUUUUCUCAAAAUUGGCUAUGACUCGUGUUCCUUCGAAUUUCAAAAGUGAACCAUCUGCAAUUGUGGGAUCUUCUGGUGCUGCUGUGCCUGACGCCUUCGACUGGAGGGAGAAAGGCUAUGUCACUGAAGUGAAGAUGCAGGGCGCUUGUGGAGCAUGCUGGGCAUUUAGCGCAGUGGGGGCCCUUGAGGGCCAGCUGAUGAAGACUCAAGGGAAGCUGGUGUCCCUUAGCCCUCAGAACCUGGUGGAUUGCUCAUCCAAGUAUGGCAACAAAGGAUGCAAUGGUGGUUUCAUGAAUGAAGCCUUCCAGUAUGUCAUUGACAACCAAGGCAUAGACUCUGAUGCCUCCUACCCUUAUACUGCCCAUGAUGAUCCAUGUAAAUACAACCCAGCCAACCGGGCUGCCAACUGCACAAGAUACAGUUUUUUGCCUGAGGGAAAUGAAGAUGCCCUGAAGGAAGCUGUGGCCACCAUUGGACCCAUCUCUGUGGCCAUCGAUGCCACCCGGCCAACGUUCGCAUUCUUCCGUAGCGGUAUUUAUAAUGAUCCAACUUGCACCCAGAAGAUAAACCACGCUGUCCUUGUAGUGGGUUAUGGCACAUUGAACGGUGCAGACUACUGGAUAGUGAAGAACAGCUGGGGAAAAACCUUUGGUGAGCAAGGAUACAUUAAAAUGUCUCGGAACAAUAAAGACCAAUGUGGCAUCGCCCUGUACGGCUGCUAUCCCGUCAUGUAAUACCCACAGAAAUGGCUGUUUCCCAAGAGCACUGUUCCAACUGUGAUGGUCAUAAGUCCUCACGUUUUGAAAGAGCCAAGCCAACUGCUCCACUUCUGUAUUUUCAGUUGCCCAAUGCUGUUUUUUCAGUUGCCCAAUGCUGUUUUUUCAGUUGCCCAAUGCUGUUUUUUCAGUUGCCCAAUGCUGUUUUUUCAGUUUGGUUUUUCUCUGCCACUCUAUUCUUAUCUUUUAACAUCCAGACUUCCAGUCUUGGCACGGUGGUGCAGUGAUUAGUACUGCUGCCUUACACAUCUGCAGUCUGCAGUUUGAGUCUCCACUCAGGCUCCAUGUGUGUGGGGUUUGCAUGUUCUCCCCAUGUCGUCGUGGGGUUUCCUUGAGUUUUUCUGGUGUGCCUUGUGGUAGAUCAAUGCCCUGUCCUGGGUUAUUCCCUGCUUUCUGUCCAUAGUUAGGCUCUGGACCCUGCAUGGAGCUUCUGGUCUGUCUGUGUGCCAUUGUACUUACUGCUCCCUUUGUUGUGCUCUGUGCAGCUGCCAGUUCUGGAGUGAUACUGUAUAAAAAGUAACUGCUUAACUGUAAUAGACUGAAUUGAAUUACCUGAAUUUAUGGUCAUCAUAGUGGUCGUGUGCUUUUGGGAAACAUGAACUUUGAUGAGAGAUUAUUGCAAAUUAUACUGAUUUGAUUAUCUGCACCAUUUUUCAAACUCUGUUACUAUUAGAAUAUUGCAUACACUGUGAUUUCAUCUUUAAUUGAUGAUGCUGUACUCUGAGUGGUGUGAAGUAUAAAAGUAUAAAUAUACGUCUUAUGGCUAAAUUGACAUUUCUGUCCAGUAAACAUGGCCUUAAAGAAGACUGCUUUUUGCAGCCUCAUUCAAGUCUGUUGUACCAUUUGUUAUAUUUUUAACCUUAUGUACUGACUUUUAAUUUAAACUGGAGUCCAACAUGUGUAAAAUCACACAGCUUUACAGUAGCCUACAUGAAUUUCAUUAUUAAAAAUUAUAACAUAUAGAUACACAAUUGCAUUAUACACUCUCAGAAUAAAAGGUAAACAUGUGUACCUGUACCUUUGCUUGUCACUGGGGCUGUACCCUUAAGAGUCUGCCAAUUCUACCCUUAGCUGUAGGUAAUUCUACCUUUUAAAGUACAGAAAUGGACUCUGAAGAACAUUUCUGUACCAUUGAUGGUACAUUAAUACUGCUUGUACCUUUGGGAUGUUCCUCAGGGUCCAUUUCAGUAACUUAAAAGGUACAAUUACAAAGGAACAGCCCCGGUGACACGCAAAGGUACAAAUUUUUACCCUUUUUCUGAGAGUGUAAUAUGAAGAUAAAGACAGCAGUAAAACUUUAUAAAAUCACCUGUCUCCUAACCGCAGAGUCAUAGGGUUGAAUGCAUGACUAACUUAAUAUUCCCACUCAGUAUGGUGCACACCACCAGUCAGUAGGUGGCAGUAAACACCUGUUAUUUAGAUUAAACGCUCCCGUAAAUGGAUAGAAGAAGGCAAAGAAAUUUGAGUGGGGUUUGUGUACUAUGCAGGAUAUUCUGAAACUGCAAGAAAGUAUGCAUUUUUUAAGGCAAACAAGGAUCCUGCUGUUAGUAAUCAGUUUACUGUUUUACGUAAAUUUCCAGCAUCGUAGGCGGCUGUAUGUAUUCUUAAACUGGAUUUCCCCAAAGACCCCAAUUAUCACAAUGGCUACUUGUAAACUGCCCUUUGACUCUGCUAUAUUUUGUUUUUCAUUCAUUUUACCCUAGAUGCUAGUUUGAUGUGUAAAAACAUUUAGUGAAUCUUUUAUUUCCUAUGUAUUCAGCAAGACUUUUUAUUUUUUCAUACGAAACUUUUUGAAGUGGCUCUGGAGGUGCCACCGUUACCUCACACGUCUGGAGAUGGAUGUUCUUGUGCUGCCUCUGCUGCUUGUGUUUCUCUGUGUGCUUGUGUUUUCUCCCCUUCUUGUUUCCUCGAGGUUCUCCAGAUUCCUCCCACUACAAAAACAUGCAGACAGGCUAUUCCGUUGGUCGUCUUUUGAAUGUUCUGCAAUGGUCUGGCAUCCUAUUCAGGGUAAACCCCUUGCCGCGUGCCCUGUACUGUAUGAGAGAACCACCCCUCUCCACCCCCCCACCCCCCACCCAUUACGUGUGUUAGAUAAAUGAAUGAAGGAAUGAAUGUUACAUUUAUAUAUCGUUUUUCAAGACACCCAAAGCACUUUACAAAACCAAUGGGGAGUCACUUCAACCACUAUCACAGUGCAGCCCCCACCUGAAUGAUGUAACUGCAGCCAUUCUGCACCAGUACACUCACCGCGCAGUAGCUAAAAGAUAUAGGGGAUGUUAAGGAGGCCGGAUGUUGAAAGACAAACAACCAAGAUUUCACCAAAUUCAGGUCAUUUUUAAUAGUUGUAGUGCAACAUCACAACAAACAAUUUCACAUGAGGUAUUCAAAGGAAUUUUUACUUGUUGGUACAAAAUGUCCCACCACGAUUGCGUCAAAUUAUUAUUUUAAAGCCUUUGGUUCAUUAGCCACAUUUGAUCAAAGGAGUCCAGAAACAAACAGACAGACCGUCAGAGAAUAAUUCACAUUUCCAUAUCAUAUAUGGGGAGUAACAAGAAAACGCAAGUCAGUAUUUGGAACGUAAUGAUGCUAUGGUCAGCACGAGAAUCCCCUUUGCUUAGUCAUCAUUUUCAAUUCCAUUAUGACACAAUUUAUGUUAACUCAAACGCCAUGUGAUGGUCACAUGAUGUUUUUUCAGUUCAGUUUGGACAGAAUUAAUGUGACAUUUCAACCAUAAUCAUCUCUGCUUCACUAUUGUUUUUUAUUUGCUUUAAUGCUGUGUCAUUGUUCCUGCCUAAAAAGCUGAGCUCGACAUGUUACCAGUCAGCUGUAUCCAGACUUGCUAUCAGAUCGAAGAAGAGCAAUAAACAUGACAGACGUAAGA